AUGCAAUAUGGUUUUCCUGGUUUCGAUAACUUACGCACCUUUGAGGACUAUGUUCUCUCGUACGAUCAAAAGAACAGGUGCAUAAUUUUUCGAGGACCGUCAACACAGAAUGUGAGCUUGAGCAUGGUUGCUGUCGUAAAUUGUCUUAAACUCGUUUUUAGAACUGCGCAUUGGGUAGUUGAACACCUGACACCAUCACGAAUGACUUACGAUCCGUCUGUUGACCGCUCAAAGUGUCAAUUCCAUGCCGACGAAUCAAUUCAUCCGUACUUUCGAUCGCAAAAUGAUGACUAUCAGAGGAGUGGUUACGACCGAGGGCAUUUGGCGGCUGCCGGCAAUCAUCGUCGAACGCAGAAUGCAAUCGAUCAGACAUUCCUUUUAAGUAAUAUGUCGCCGCAAGUUGGACGUGGUUUCAAUCGUGAUAAAUGGAACGAACUUGAGCGAUACGUCAGACCACUCACUGGUUCUGCUUCAACAUUCGGCACUAAAACAAAUCAUGUUCAGGAAACUGGCUCGUAA